AUCAACUUCUCACAGCCUUAAAGUACUCAGUGUGUCUCUGUCCUUUGCCACAAACAUGAGGUUCAAAUUCCCUCUCAUGGCCAUAGGCCUGGAGGGUGCCAUGAUUGUUUUAUUUCAUUUGUAUGUUCAGUAUGAGAAAGAUCAGAAUAUUUCCCAACAACUGAACACCACCAGGCCAACAAAAAUGGACAGCUUCCUUCCACUAUACCCUCUAUUUCAAGAUGUGCAUGUGAUGAUAUUUGUUGGCUUUGGCUUUCUCAUGACCUUCCUGAAGAAAUAUGGCUUCAGCAGCGUGGGCAUUAACCUACUCAUUGCUUCUCUGGGCCUCCAGUGGGGCACUAUUGCACAGGGGCUCCUUCACAGCCAUGGGCAGAAAUUUCACAUUGGAAUCAAAGAAAUGAUCAACGCAGACUUUAGUACAGCCUCGGUUCUAAUUUCUUUUGGAGCUGUCCUGGGAAAAACAAGUCCCAUUCAAAUGCUGAUCAUGACAAUUCUAGAAAUUGCUGUUUUUGCUGGCAAUGAGUUUCUGGUUGGUGAGAUAUUUAUGGCCUCUGACAUUGGGGCAUCUAUGACCAUCCAUGCCUUUGGAGCCUACUUUGGCUUGGCUGUAGCAGGAGUCUUAUAUCGAUCUGGCCUGAGAGAGGGGCAUAAGAAUGAAGAGUCUGUGUACCACUCGGACUUAUUUGCAAUGAUUGGGACUCUUUUUCUAUGGAUAUUUUGGCCCAGCUUCAACUCUGCCAUUGCUGAACCUGGAGACCACCAGUAUAGAGCCAUUGUCAAUACGUACUUCUCUCUUGCUGCCUGUGCUCUCACAGCCUAUGCAGUAUCUAGCCUUGUCAUGCACCGGGGCAAGCUCGAGAUGGUUCACAUCCAGAAUGCUACCCUCGCGGGAGGAGUUGCUGUGGGCACCUGUGCAGACAUGGACAUCCAGCCAUACAUUGCUAUGAUCAUUGGGAGCACUGCGGGACUCAUCUCCGUGCUUGGAUACAAGUUCCUGACUCCAUUUUUUGCUUCUACACUGAAGAUCCAUGAUACAUGUGGGGUACACAAUCUGCACGGCUUACCUGGUGUGAUAGGAGGUCUUGCAAGCAUUGUGGCCAUAGCUGUUGGAGUGUCUAAUGUGUCCACCGUAGCCAUGCAGGCAGCAGCACUGGGUUCUUCCAUCGGAACAGCAAUUGUUGGAGGUCUGUUUACAGGUUUGAUUCUAAAGAUACCUUUCUGGGAACAGCCCCUUGACCAAUACUGCUACGAUGAUUCUGUUUAUUGGGAGGUCCCUAGGUGGAGAGAACAUGACUUUCACUUCCAUGAACAUGAAGACCACAAGCAGCUUGAACUUGAAGCGUAAUAUUGUCCUGUGCUCCAGUCCUUUCCCAUUGCCUAGAGUCAAGUUUAAAUAAAAAAGCAGCAUCAAACAAGAGCAUGGAGCAACGUGAAUAUAUGCUCAGCCCCAAAUGCCCAGUGUAAAAAUGUCUUGACAUGUGGUGUUGUUUCUCGAUACUCAAAUGAUUAUUUAAUUGAAAGGAUGUGGCUGAUAAAAAAAUAUGUCAAAUGGAUUGUAUUUAGUAUCUUAAAAACUCCUUUGCAACUGGGUAGGUACAGCGUGAGCAUUGCUGUAUAUUCUUGAAUUUUUCCCAGAAGAGAUAGAUUUAUAUAGAAAUCAACACUUCCUAGUCAUGUCAGUUUCUUAAUGUAGAUACCAUGUCUUUAUUCUCCAAGAUUAUAUAACUGAAGCCAAUGAAACAAUAUAUGUACAAAUCUAUAAGAAAAAUAAAGAAAAUGUAUAUGCAUAUAAAGCAAGAAUAU